UCACGUGGAGAGUCUCAGUAUACCCACCUCGUAAAGACUUUGACCACCACCAUUCCAUUACGAGUACAUUGGAUCCUAACCAGCCGUGUAUGGACGCCGCGCAUCGUCAUUGUCUGCGCGCGUUCAUACCGUACACCCCAGCGCCAGCAAAUCACAACCCGCCAGAAACAGAGAAUGCCCGAACCCACACGUGCCUGGCCAUGAGAGGAGGAGCUAUAAGCAUCAGAAUCUCCAGACUCAACCCAGCGCGACCACGACGACCCUUCUGCGUUCGCGCCACCACCACCGCCCAGAACUCCAUGGCCGAUCGCGAAGGCGAUGCAGCUACAAAGACCCAAGCCACUCAACCAAUCGAAACAGCGAAGUCGAAGGAAGAAGAAUUGAAACCCGUCAAGGAAGCGGCUCCUCCGCCUCCGCCCCCCGAGAAGCCGGAGCCCGGCGAUUGCUGCGGAAGCGGAUGCGUCCGGUGCGUCUGGGAUGUGUAUUACGACGAGCUCGAAGAUUACAACAAGCUCUACAAAAAGCGAUCGUCGUGUCGUCGUGGGAAGAUGCGUAGGUUAGAGUUGUUGGGCGGUGCUGCGAUCGCGGCGGUGGCGGCGGCUCUGGUAUUGUUGGGAAACGUCGUCGUCGCAGAAGCUUCGACUUCGCCUUCGGCGUUCGUACAAAAUGUCAUCUACUCCAACAAGAUUGCCAUCUUCUCCAAAUCCUAUUGCCCGUAUUGCUUGCGUGCCAAGCGCAUAUUCAGUGAAUUACAUGAGCAACCUUUUGUCGUCGAACUUGAUCUUCGAGAUGAUGGAGCCCAAAUUCAGAGUGUUCUGCUAGAUAUAGUAGGCCGAACCACUGUCCCACAAAUAUUUGUGAAUGGAAAGCACAUUGGCGGCUCUGAUGAUCUCAAAGCUGCAGUUCUGAGUGGUCAACUUCAGAAACUUCUUAGGAUCAGUUGAGGAGAUAUAUAUGGAGCUGCAUAUGGCGAUUAAUGAGUUAGUUCUGUGACUUUGAAGUUGCUAAAAUGGUUGGUGAGAUUAUGCCAUUGUAUCUGAAUGAUGUAACUGCAAAAUAAUUAUCAAUGUAGUAUUGAAUUUGCUUGACCUCAUGGGUUUUGGGCAUGAUUUGACUGUUAUUAGGCCGCCAUCGUGA